CAAUAUGGUGCCUUACACUCUGCUGGAAGCAGAGUUAGAAAAGAGAAAGGAAGAGAGAGCUCGGCUGAGAGGGAGAAACCGGGAGGAAGGAGAAAAAAAAAAAGGGAAAAGAAGGAAGGCUUGUGGAAUACCAAGAUUCAAGCUUAAAAUUAUGGAAAAUUCAUCUUCAAGUCACGCGCCAUUGUCUGCCUAAUUUAUCUGAUAUGUCCAGUCUGUCUGAUUUGCUUCUGCAACCAUCUGUGAUCAAGUGCGUGACCAGGCUUAGAGGCUUCUGCCUAGAAUCUGUUUUUGUCAGCUAACCUAUGUGCCUCCCGUGGAGGUUCCGGACAUGUCAAGUGAUUAUGGCUAUGCGAUUUAAAGUUUAAGUUUUGCUUUCUUGUGGGUUAAACAAGUCUUGUGUAUUUUGUAAAUAGGGUUAGGUCCCUUUUUGUCUAAUCUGUUUAUAUAUGAUGACUUAAAGAUAAUAUGUAUUUAUGUAUAUGAAAAGUUUAAAAUUUUUCUGUCUCAUGUAAGUCUGCACAGCUCAAUGGACGUUGUAUAUUUGUUAUUUGUUUCCGUUAGUCCCUAAUAUUAUGUUAAUCUGUCUCAGAGGCCUUCGGUAAUCCCGGGAUUACUAGCCGGUUGCGAUGCUAAACCUAUAGAGGCGGGUUUGGGUCGUGACACUUUCUAUCUUUUCUAGAUUUUUAUAUUUGUUUAGAUUCCUGGUUACAGAAAAAGGAAAGUUCGGGGAUUUCCUGGGAAAAAAAGAAAAAGUACUGUGUUACUAGAUCAGUUCGACUCCUAUUAGGAUGUGAAAUGCACCCUAAUAUGAUUAAUAUAGCUAAAAAAUGAUGCUGGAGCUAUUUGCAUCUUGCAGUUGUUGUUGAGUGAUGCUGCAGAGCCUUCUAGUAUGAGCAAUUCUUAAUAAUGUUUCCCCAACUCAAUGUAAUACUGUGAAAAACUGCCAUAUGCAUCAAGUACUUGAUACAAGUUAUGGUUGGUUGGAUAGUUCAUUCUUUUUGGGACUUCUGUCCUCUUUUGCCUCAUUGUAACUACUGCCUCUAAAAUAGAAAGAUGAUGGACACACUGAGGUGUGGGUGUGAGCAUUCAUUUUUUUUUUUAAAAAAAAAAAAUUAGAAAUUGUAGGCCAUCGAUUUGAUAAAGCCUAUCGCAUCUGUAAAGAAGCUAUCCUUGACACUUAUUUUGGCCCCGGAUUUACCUGUCUAUGCUGUUGGUAAUGAGAAACGGCUAAUACAAACAAUCUUAAAUAUUGCUGGCAAUGCUGUGAAGUUCACAAAAAAGGGUUAUAUCUCAGUUGUGGUUUCUAUUGCAAAACCAGAAUCUUUGAGAGACUGCCGACCUCCGAGUUUUAUCCUGUGUCAAGUGAGGGCUACUUCUUUUUAAGAGUGCAGGUUAAAGAUACUUUCUGCGGAAUUAACCCCCACGACAUCCCACUCAUUUUUACCAAAUUUGCUCAGCCUCGAAGAGGUUCAAACUGAAAUAAUGGUGGUGCUGGUCUGGGACUCGCCAUUUGCAAACGGUUUAUAAAUCUAAUGGGAGGGUCACAUUUGGAUUGAGAGUGAGGGCUUUGGACAAGGGUACCACAGUAACAAUCAUAGUGAAACUUGGAAUCUGCAAUAGCCCAAAUGAACCAACAAUGCAGCAGUUUGUACUUGCAGGUAGAGCAAAUCAAGGGAGUGAAGAUCUCAUUGGACAUAAACCAUGGGCAGAGCUAUGCAUAAAGUAAACAUUUUGGGGCAAGUCCUUUCGGAGUGUGGAGUUCUCAUAAAGAUCUUGAAUUUUGCUCAUCCAAGGAAGCAUGGAGGUAUUUGGCAAAUCUAUGGUAGCCGUGCCUUCAAAUGUUAUUUAUUUGUCAUGUAUCCUAGGCCAAGAUGGGCCAAACCCUGUUCACAAGUGCGAAUGGAAAUGUGAAAAUGAAAAUGUAUGUGGAAACAUAUACCGGUGCAGACUAACUGGACUUACACACAUCUGUGACAAAAGCUGUAACCAGAGAAUUGUCUAUGAUAACCAUAGCUCCCUUUGCAGAGUGAGCAGGCACGUUUUUCCUCUAACACCAGCUGAGGAACAGACAGUGAGAGGUGUCCGGAGGAAGCUUGAUGCAGAGAGUUCCCCCUCUGAUAGCUGCGCUUUUAAGCGCAUACGGGAUGCACAGCUUCAUCCCUCUGCUUUUGAGAGAUCCUUUGUUGCUGUUGGUCCAAUCUGCAGUCAAUUUGGAGAUGGCAUGGACAUGAGCUAGGCAUAAUAAUUAAUAAACUCUCUUUUGUUUCCUAUUUUCCUUUUUUACCUUCUUAUCUUUUUUUCCUUUAUUUUUAUUUUUAUUUUAUUUUUUAUUUUUUUUUAAAUGCGGCAAGUAUGAAUAAUGGAACUUGAUGCGGGGUUCUUUAAUAGAGGACCUUAUAUGUCACUUUAAUGGAGGACCUUAUAUGUCGUGUCUCUGUAGGAACAAGUUAUAUUUCUAAACUUGUUUAAUGGAUUGCAGCGCUUCCUCUAGCUUGACUUUUUAUAGAAGAUUUGUCAAUGCUAUAUCUCUACUAACUUUUGCACAGGGUUCCUGGUGAAGCUUGAGUUUUAUUUUUUUACUGCACCAAAGUUUGGAACAAGUACAGGGUUCUUUUGCAAGCCCUGUGUCAGUAGCUUCAUUUGAUAUUUUUUUAAUUUUUUAUUUGGGCUUGGUACGAUCUGUUUCUAAGUGGUGCAUUUUUCAUAAUGUGUUAAGAGAUAUGUUGCUUAUAUUAUUGUGAAACAUGUUGAGUUUAUUUCAUGUUUAUAUUUAUUGUGAUUCACACCGGAAGCAAUUUCCUCCUUGACUUUGGGUACUAUGUGGUUGGUUCAUGUUGUACGGGUUUUCCGGGUACAACGGAAGACAUUUUUGGUUUGUGAUCUUGUAGAAUUUUAUCAUAACUUUUCAUUGAUUUACUUUUCCAACUGUGUUUCAGGUUGAAGAGGAACAACGCGGUUUCUUUCAUAUUUUAUGCCUUAUCUUCUUUUGUUUGUUUUUAUUUUUUCAUGCUAGUUUUAAUUGAUGGUUUGCUGAAGCUAAUGUUAUUUUUGCAGGUUGAAGCGUGUGCCAUUCAGGAGAGUUGAAAAUAUAUUAUUGCAUGUGAUUGAACAAUUGUGAUUUGGAAGUUUAUUGGACUGAAAGUUAGGCAUUGCUGAUGCAUUUUGUUUAUUGUUCUUGCAGGGAGGGAAGAACUUUGAUUGCAGUGGGGAACAGUGUACGCUAAUUGACUGUAGAAGUGCAAUUGCUGCAGGUUGAUUUGGCCAGUUUUAUGUGUUUCAUUUGUAACAGACAUAUGAAGUUGGGCCAGCAUUCUUGACUUAAGGUUAACUUCACAUGGUUUAUGCUGGAUGGCAACAAGGAAGAACCUAAACUGUGAAACAAUUGCCCAAUCGUUGCAUAUGCUGUGAGAAAAUUCGUGGAGCAUCUUCUGCUUUACCAUUAAUGGAUUUUUGUGUUCCAAAGGCUCCUAGUUGGUCCACUGGAUAUUGAAACAAUAGCUUGGAUGGCUUUGUGAAGGCAGCAAUGGCACUUGUUACCCCUUUUCAAUAAAUAACCUUGAAGGGUUAUUUCUUGUUAUUGAUUUCUAUUUUCAACACAUUUUUUGGCUUCUGGCCUAGCUUUAUUGGUUGAGAGUGUACUUGAGAAGAUUGUCUAAUUUAUAUGCAUUGCUACCAAACUGAUUUGAACUAUCUUCCCUGUUAUCCACAUGGUGGCUGCAUCUUAUGGUGUUGUUCCAAGACAUUCCUGUUUGAAGUUUCCCCUGCUGUGUGUCGUGCUUUGAUACAAUUUGCAGGACAAUCUGUACGCGACUUUUUGACCAAAUGGGCAAGUUCCUCAAUAGAUGUCUUUUCUAGAUGUAGGCUUAAGAAGUUAUAAUUUGAAUGUUAUUCUAGAUUGUAAGGAUGUGGUUGCUUGAAGAGAUUGGCUCUAUCAUUUCGGUAUUGUCAUAAAUUUUCAGUAAAUGGUUUUAAUGUUAUUUUGUAUAAAAUGUGA